AGCAGAUGACACCUAGUUAACUAGUUAACUGAUUAUCUACUCUUUCAGCACAUAAUUACCAGCAGUCGUAUUUAUCACCAGCAUCUUGUGAAGAAAUACCGUUGUUGAUGUCGCUUUAACGGCAUUUGGAUAGACGAAGUUACCGACAAUCGUCCGCUUGGCGAUAGCUCCACCCUCGAUAUCCGGCAUCUUUCAAGUCCUGUCUCUUUCAGCAGCAAUAGCGCUGGACAAUUGCUCGAUAUCUUUCUUUGCAUCAUGGAGAUUUCCUGGCCUUGGCACUUUGUCACCCCCUCUGAAGAGGAAAAGCUUCUACGUCGGGAGCUUCUUGACCUUAGGGGUUCCUACGCGCAAUGGUCGAUCAUUGGCGUGAUCAUCGUGCUUCGUGUCUAUCAAAGCUGGGCUAGAUCAGUCACUACUAUUGAGGUUAGCUCCAAACAGCGCCGUGGGCCUGCUUCAUGGUGGGAUCGUUCAAUUACUGCUGGAUGGCUUGAGACUCGCCGGCAAUAUGCACUCUGCGGGCUGUGGCUCUUGUGGCUGUUCAGUCUUUCCGUUUGGAACAGUGGUGAAGACUAUUUGCACCUUACAAAGGCCUUGGGCCACGUUGCGCUCUCGCAGAUCCCCCUUCAAGUCCUGAUGUCUCCAGCAGCGUAUAUAUCAACCUCGAAGCCAACAGCUUCGUCAAUCUUUUCAUUCGUGACCUCCAUUCCUCAGGCAACAGUGACACCCUACCACCGUUUGUUCGGACGGAUGGUCAUCUCGCCUUUACUCGUGGGCCACGCCACACUAUACCUAUCAUUCUUCAUCCAAACAAACCACCCAGAAUUCGGCUCGCUGUUGAACAAGCGAGUGCGUGAUCUCGAUGUGCAAUGCGGUCUUUUCGCGAUAAGCAUGGUGAUCUCUCUCGUCUUCUACGUGCGUCCUCGCGGCGCAGCAUCAAAAACCGGAAAUCAAGGACGGAGUGCUGCGGGCUCGAUGCAAGAGCGGAGACGUUCUUUCUACUACGGUCACGUCUCUUUGGUAGCACUCUUGUGCCUUGCGGCAUAUUAUCAUGUCUUACAGGCACAGAAGUAUAUGGUUCAGGCACUUGGUGCUUUCCUGGUUAAUGGGGCGUUCUCAUGGGCGGCUGUUCAAUGGGGAGAACGCAGAUAGAUUUUUGCAGGAAGGAUUUCGCAGCAAAAGGCCCAGUCGGCAGACUAGAAUCCCUCCAUAUACAUUGUUGGUAUUAUAAACUGGUUGUUAUUAUCUUUGGUUACAAACCUUAUCGUCCUGGAUGAAAUAUGUGAUCAUAGUGAGGUUGUUGUUAGGUAUUCGUACGACCAAUUAGGCUAACUCAGGAUAGCCGUGGGCUGCUCUGUAGAAAAUCUCUACUUAAAGGAAGCAGAAAUAAAAUUUCGAUAGGAAUCAAUCUUCGAAAUGCUUUUUCGACUUUUAUUCAGG